AUGAGCAUUCUCCACGCGCUCGCCACGUCAGCCGCGCCGCUGAUCGAAGACCCCCGCGCGCCGCUCGCGGAACGCCUCCGCGCGCUCAUCAUCAAAGCGGAGGCCGCGGCGGGAGCCGCCGAACUUGCGCCGCAACCGCCGCCGCAAACGGCGGAAACGGCCGAGGCGCCCAACCACGUAAGACACUUCCCGAAGUCCACGUCAGAACCCGGUGUUGCGGGCGCGGUCUCCGGGGCGGCUGGGGCUUUCAGCGAUUUGGGCUCCCAUGAUGGCAAUGUCGAGUGUGAUACUACGGGGCGGCUUACAGCGGGGAUAGGAAGCCUCUUUAGAUCCUUCCCCUCGUUUCCCGGAGCCAAUCUUAACUCGUCGCUUUCUGGCGCCGCCAUUUCCCGCCAAGACGUGCUGAUCAACGGCAGCGGGAGCAGCGGAAGCAGCUGCGGUAACCCGCGCUCCCCGCGUUCCCCGCGCUCCCCUCGCUCAUCCGCAUCGCCGCGCUCCCCGCAUUCCCCGCGCUCGCCUGCUCGGCAACGCCGCAGCUUCGCGUCGCGUCUCGCCGCGCGCGCUCCGUCCUCCGCGUCGCAGAAGGUUCCGCCGCCGUCCGUGUCGCACUUGAUCCCGGAGCGCGGCCAGCCGUCCCAAACCGUCCCCGAUUCGGGAACGCUCCUAAUACGACCACCCACUUACCCGCAGCAACAGCAGCAGCAGCAAAGUUUUGACCAAUCAUAUCCAAGAGCACCUGAUGCAACAAAAAGUGGCUACUCUUUUCAAGGAGCUCCUACACGUGUCGCGUCCCCAUUCGCCUUAAUCGACGCGGGAAUCAGUCCAGCCGCGCUCCUCGAGUCGCCUGUCAUGGCCGGCCGCCCUGGCCCAACCCUAGGCUCGGCAGCAGGCUCGGCAGGCAGCGCAGCCUCGGCACAAGCCGGACCUGCUGUCGCUACAGCGUGUUCGAACCUACCACCUCCGCCUCUCCCCCUCCCCGCCCUAGUUCUCCCCCUCUCCGCCUCACUUCCUCCCCCCCACACGAUUCCCCCUCCGCCUGCUGCAAUUUCCGCGCUGACAAAAGUUGUUCCUUUGAAACCACCACCCGUUACAGUGCCAGGUUCGGACGCCGCCGAGCCUACUGGCUCGGGAAUGUUCGAGCCUGCGCUGGAGGGUGAGGAGGAGACCCCAACGUCUGGUGUGGAGAACCCAGGGAAGCUGGAACUCGUUGACUUUGUUGACUUUGGAGGGAAGGGCGAAUCAGGAGAUGAUCUCAACGACCUGUUUGACUUCUUUGACUCGCUUGUGGGCGGCACAAGUGGCAGUGGCAGUGGGAGUGGGUGUGAACAGCAGAGAGGCGGUGAGAAGCUUCUUGGAAGGGAUAACAGCUGCAGCAACGACCGAAGCAGCAAGCACAUGGAAGUUUCAGAAGGUCUUGAGACCUUUGGGAGCAAGUCUCGGGCAGGCCGGAAAUUUCGGAGCAUGGAGGGACUGGAGGCGGGCAGCAACACGGAAUUUAUUUUGGUGCCUGCCGAAGACGGUUACAACUGGCGAAAGUACGGGCAGAAAAUGGUGAAAGGCUGCCUGCACCCUCGACUUUAUUUUCGCUGCACGUAUCCGGGCUGCCCGGUGAGAAAAACGGAGGAGCGGGCAGAUGAUGGGGAGGUGUUGGAGAGGAUUUAUCGGGGUCUGCACACCCACCCACCUCCCGGGCUGCCCGAGACAGAAAGUCAGGAGCAGGAGCCACAUGAUUUUUCAAGCCAGUCGAUCGGAAAAGACAUGGACGGAACAACAAAGGACAGUGACAGGGAUGCUGUUGCUGCUGCUUCUACCGCUUCCCCCAAGCUUCCCCUGCCUUCUCCUGCUGGUAACCCUUCUGGUAACCAGACUUGCAACACUGCUACAGACUGCCAUGGGUCACAAGAGAGGCUCUGGGGGAAGAGGCUGUUCCUUCAUCACAGCCGUUUAUCCGCCCCUGCCAACCUGCAAAUCUCAGCCGUUGAUCUUACCAACCCUGCUCCUGGUUCUGAGGGACCCACAGGGAGCAGUGGAGCUGACGGAAUGGACGAGGAUGUUACCAGCGGAGCAGCUUAUAACGCGGCAGUAACUCUCAAUAAAGCUGCUCACAACGGAGCAGCUACUAGCGAAGCAGCUUAUAACGAAGCUGCUGGAGCCGCGGAUAAGAAGCUGCGGCGAAGCGCCGAAACGGUGCUGGUAUGCGCGCAGCAAGUGAUCGAAGAACCGAGGCUGGUCGUGGAGUUACGCAGUAACAUGGAGCUUCUAGACGACGGUUACCGCUGGCGCAAGUACGGGCAGAAGGUGGUACGCGGUAACCCUAAUCCGCGCAGUUACUACAAGUGCACGCACGCGGGGUGUAACGUGCGCAAGCACGUGGAGCGUGCGGUUACGGAUCCGAGUGUUGUGGUAACCAGCUAUGAGGGGCGGCACUGCCAUGCCAUGCCAGGGCCCAUGUUCUCCCCUCCUCCUGCUGAGAAGAAUUCUUCUGCUUCUGCUGGUGACAGCGGAACUCUCGGUGCUGCUGCUGGGAGGGGAAAUGAUAACCCUGGGAUGUGUUCUUUUAGGUUACCUGGCGAGGCUGUGGCAGCGAAUGGCGAGGGGCGCUGGGUGCUGCACUGA